AUGCACGAUUUUGAUAACACUGAUGUGCAUGAUGAUAUGCAUGGCAUGCUUAAUGAAGCUUUCGGUAUUUUUCAUGAACCUGAUGAAAAAAUUGCGCAACAAGAAUAUAUGUCGAAUAAAGAACCUAAUGAGGAGGCCAAAAAAUUUUACAAAUUAGUGGACGAUUUAGAGCAGGAGUUAUACCCUGGUUGUAAAAAGUUCUCAAAACUCUCAUUUAUUGUUAGAUUAUUUCAUUUGAAGUGUCUUAAUGGGUGGACAAAUAGUUCAUUCACGGCGCUACUUACUCUAAUUAAAGAGGCACUUCCUGAUGGUGAAACUCUCCCAAAUUCAUUUUAUGAAGCAAAAAAGAUCAUCGAUGACUUAGGUCUACGGUACAAGAAAAUCGAUGCUUGCCCAAAUGACUGUCAGUUGUACUAUAAGGGGACUUCUACUGCAAGUUCAUGCAAUACUUGUGGUGCUUCUAGGUGGAAAACUACUGAUAAUAAUGUAAAGUGUGACACAUCGACCUCUAAGAAAGUUGGCAAAAAAAUUUCAGCCAAGGUUGUGUGGCACUUUCCUUUAAAACCAAGACUACAGAGAUUGUUUAUGUCAUCAAAAACUGCUUCACUUAUGAGAUGGCAUCAUGAUGGUCGAACAAAGGAUGGAAUAAUGCGACAUCCCGCUGACUCCCCAGCAUGGAAAACAUUUGACUUUGAGCACCCAGAAUUUUCUUCAGAACUUCGUAAUGUGAGACUCGGCCUAGCAAGUGAUGGUUUCAACCCGUUUCGAACAAUGAGUACAGCACAUAGCACAUGGCCAGUUAUUUUGAUACCAUAUAAUUUACCACCAUGGCUGUGUAUGAAACAACCGUUUAUUUUUUUGUCCUUACUUAUUCCAGGACCAACAGCGCCAGGUAAUAAUAUUGAUGUGUAUUUAGAACCAUUAAUUGAUGAGUUGAAGGAUCUUUGGCUUGAUGGAUUGAAUACUUAUGAUGCAUCAAUGAAGCAAAACUUUCAAAUGCGUGCUGCAUUAUUGUGGACUAUUAGCGAUUUUCCAGGGUAUGCUAAUUUGUCAGGAUGGAGCACUAAAGGGCGUUUGGCAUGUCCUUCUUGCAAUGUUGAUACUGAAUCUCGCUACUUAAAGCAUGGUCGAAAAUUUUGCUAUAUGGGCCAUCGUCGAUAUUUAGAAACAAACCACAAAUUUCGACGGGAUAAGAUUUCUUUUGAUGGGAGCCAAGAACUUAGAGAUGCACCUGUUCCAUUAUCUGACUUUAUGGUCUUGCAACAAUUGUAG